CGCUGCCGGUCGGUCCGCUGGUUGGUCGGUUAGUUGGUCGGUGGGUCGGUGGCCUAGAGCUUGCUUCUCGGCUCUCAUGUUCGGAGGUGGGAGGGACACGGGAAAGGCCCGCACACCUGAGCUGCCCGGAGAGGAUCCCCGCACCCAGUAGGAGAAAGAGGAGACUAAGCAGGGAGAAGGACUCAUGGCUUCUGAUGCGAGUCACGUGCUGGAAGCUGCCCUGGAGCAGAUGGACGGGAUCAUUGCAGGCACUAACACAGGGGUAGAUAUUAGCGAUGGUACCUGUGAGCCUGGACUGGCCUCCGCGGCUUCCUACAUGAACCCCUUCCCGGUGCUGCAUCUCGUCGAGGACUUGAGGCUGGCCCUGGAGAUGCUGGAGCAUUCUCAGGAGAGAGCAGCCCUCCUGAGCCAGAUCCCAGGCCCCACAGCUGCCUACAUAAAGGAGUGGUUCGAGGAGAGCUUGUCCCAGGUAAAUCACCACAGUGCUGCUAGUAAUGAAACGUACCAGGAACGCUUAGCACGUCUAGAAGGAGAUAAGGAGUCCCUCAUAUUACAGGUGAGUGUCCUCACAGACCAAGUGGAAGCCCAAGGAGAGAAGAUUCGGGACCUGGAAGUGUGUCUGGAAGGGCACCAGGUGAAACUCAAUGCUGCUGAAGAGAUGCUUCAACAGGAGCUGCUAAGUCGUACAUCUCUUGAGACUCAGAAGCUUGAUCUGAUGACUGAAGUGUCUGAGCUGAAGCUCAAGCUGGUGGGCAUGGAGAAGGAGCAGAGAGAGCAGGAAGAGAAGCAGAAAAAAGCAGAGGAGUUACUGCAGGAGCUCCGGCACCUCAAAAUCAAGGUGGAAGAGUUGGAAAAUGAACGGAACCAGUAUGAAUGGAAACUGAAGGCCACCAAGGCUGAGGUAGCCCAGCUGCAAGAGCAGGUAGCCCUGAAGGAUGCAGAAAUUGAGCGUCUGCACAGCCAGCUCUCCCGGACCGCAGCUCUGCACAGUGACCAUGCAGAGAAAGACCAAGAAAUCCAACGUCUGAAAAUGGGGAUGGAAACUUUGCUUGUUGCCAAUGAAGAUAAGGACCGUCGGAUAGAGGAGCUUACUGGGCUGUUAAACCAGUACCGAAGGGUGAAGGAGAUCGUGAUGGCAACUCAAGGGCCUUCAGAAAGAACUCUCUCAAUCAAUGAGGAAGAACUGGAGGGAGGUUUCAGAAACUGGAACACUGCAAAUAAAGGCCCUGAAGAACUUUUUAAACCAGAGGUAUCUCCAAGAGGUAGCUCUCCCACGGUGGGACCACCCCCACUACCGCAGAAAUCACUGGAAACCAGGGCUCAGAAAAAACUCUCCUGUAGUCUCGAAGACUUGAGAAGUGAAUCCGUGGAUAAGUGCGUCGGUGGGAACCAGCUCUCCCCAGUGGUAGAACCCAAGGACGGCCCUUUCCUGGUGGAGCACAAGUACCCCACGUUACCUGGGAAGCUUUCAGGAGCCACGCCCAACGGAGAGGCUGCCAGAUCUUCUCCCACUGCCUCCCCGCAUGACCCUGCAGGGAGCGGCCUGCUGAGGCUGAGAGACACAGAAAGUGGUUGGGACGACACUGCUGUGGUCAAUGACCUCUCAUCCAUGUCAUCGGGCACCGAGUCCAGCCCCCAGUCUCCCCUGACACCAGAUGGUAAACGGAGCCCCAAAGGCAUCAAGAAAUUCUGGGGAAAAAUCCGAAGGACUCAGUCAGGAAAUUUCAACACUGAUGCCCCGGGGGUGGCCGAGUUUCGACGAGGUGGACUCCGGGCAACUGCAGGGCCAAGACUCUCUAGGACCAGAGACCCCAAGGGUCAGAAAAGUGAUGCCAACGCCCCCUUCGCCCAGUGGAGCACAGAGCGUGUGUGUGCAUGGCUGGAGGACUUUGGCCUGGCUCAGUACGUGAUCUUUGCCAGGCAGUGGGUGACUUCUGGCCACACUUUACUGACAGCUACCCCUCAGGACAUGGAAAAGGAGCUGGGAAUUAAGCACCCUCUUCAUAGGAAAAAGCUGGUUUUAGCAGUGAAAGCCAUCAACACCAAGCAGGAGGAGAAGUCUGCACUACUAGACCACAUUUGGGUGACACGUUGGCUUGAUGAUAUUGGCUUACCCCAGUACAAAGACCAGUUUCAUGAAUCCAGAGUCGACGGGCGAAUGCUGCAGUACCUAACUGUGAAUGAUCUACUCUUCCUAAAAGUCACCAGCCAACUACAUCAUCUCAGCAUCAAAUGUGCCAUUCACGUGCUGCAUGUCAACAAGUUCAACCCUCACUGCCUGCACCGGCGGCCAGCUAAUGAGAGUAACCUUUCUCCUUCAGAAGUUGUGCAGUGGUCCAACCACAGGGUGAUGGAAUGGUUGCGGUCCGUGGACCUGGCGGAAUAUGCGCCCAACCUUCGUGGGAGUGGCGUACAUGGAGGUCUCAUUAUCCUGGAGCCACGCUUCACUGGGGACACCCUGGCCAUGCUUCUCAAUAUCCCACCACAAAAGACACUCCUCAGACGCCAUCUGACCACCAAAUUCAAUGCCUUGAUUGGCCCUGAGGCUGAGCAGGAGAAGCGAGAGAAAAUGACUUCACCUGCUUAUACGCCACUGACCACCACAGCCAAAGUCCGGCCAAGGAAACUGGGAUUUUCACAUUUUGGAAACAUAAGAAAAAAGAAGUUCGAUGAAUCGACAGACUACGUUUGCCCAAUGGAGCCCAGCAACAGUGUCGGUGACAGUCACAGGGUCUGUAUUGGCUACCAGGGCCUCAGCCCCCUCGAUGCCCCUGAACUGGAUGGGCUGGACCAGAGAACAUUCCAGCCAUUGUGUACCCGUGGGCCAGUCUUUCUCCAAAUCCUGAGGGUGGCCAGGUAUGGAGCUGCAUCUUUGCUAAGGGGCCAGCCUUGGGGACUCAGGAGGAAAGACACUUAAAGAUGCUUGUACGUUUUCAGUAAGUCUGAAUGUCCACCUUCAGCACCAGUGGCAAUACCUGAGCUUGGACACAGGUCCAGAGACCACGGACAAUCCCGAGAGGCUCAGCUCUCAGGCCCCUCGGCUGUGCCCCCGUUGAGGGCAAUCCCAAGUGCCUUAGGCCUGUGACCACAGUUUUGGCUGAGGCUGAAGGGACAGCAGCAGGAACUUCUGCCCCAGUGACAAUGGAGCUGUUGUGCCUUCCUUCAGAGGCGGUCGCUUCUUUCUGGUAAUAAAACCCGUAUUUAUGUAGAAAGCAAACUGCACAGCAUAUCUUUAAUCUU